CAAAUUAGCCACACUCGAAUUCGAGACAGGAAAAUGAAUCCCUCGUUUGUCGUUGGCUUGCUGGCCUUCCUCGCAUGCUUCUGGCUCGGAAAUGCGGGGAGCAGUCCUAAGGCUUGCCCUCCAAUAAAGAAAUUAUUCUGCCCUAAAUACACACGCAUACAAUUCGACAAUGGUGAUAGACCACGCUUGAUGAGCUGCGCCUACAGCUGUGAUCCUAGUGCCCCGCAUAGUUGCUAUUUUAUUGAGAGAGAAGAAUCUGAUUGCUGGAAUAUGGACAACGCCAGGAAAGGCAGGUGCUACAAUGGAAUAUGUUUGGAUGAGGCGACACUCGCCAUCCGUACGGCUAAUCUGCGAGCCGUAGAUAUGCGUACAGUAGAGUUAUGCAAACGUGGAGCGGAUAUGUUGUAUAACAGCGAGGGAGUUUUCGGGUGCGUGUACCGCUGCAUGGAGCCUCCCACUCGAAUUGUAAACCGUCCGGAUCUUCACCCGUGCCUGAUUCCAUCUGUUAGAGGGAAAUGUUCUUUUAACAAAUGUAAAUAGCCGAACUGACGCGAUGACUCAGGAUGUGACGUCGAAAACCCUCUACGGAACAUUGCGUAACGAUUUGGUUCCAAUAAAUACGCUGUUCACUUGUAAA